AUGGAAGAAGGACAAGUCUACACCGUCCAUGGAGUAUGUAAUGGAGGCUUCGAGAUGCCACUGAUGUUCGCCAUCAUGACAAGGAAGAGGGAGGAAGACUUUAGAGUAGUAUUCGAAAAGUUGAAGGAGAAAAUCAACGCUGCCAUGCCGGAGUCAGGAGAGCAGCAAUUGAAAUUUGUUGUGGACUUCGACCUGGCGGCCAUAACAGCAGCAGCGCAGGUUUUCCCUAGGUGUUCCAUUGAGGGAUGUAGCUGGCACUUGAGUCAAGUUUGGGUGCGUAAGAGGAACACCUUGGGUCUCCUCCGCUUUUUGAAAGGGGAAAACCAAAUCGAGACGAGUCUUAAAAUGGUGAAGAACACUGAAAGGGUUGCCAUUUUUGCCAAGAAGUUAUUUCAACCUCGUCCACUUCUUGGAAGCACCACCGGAUGGACCGCACCAUCCAGCUUUUAG